GUACGGGUCUGGGGCGGAUCCGCAAUUGACCCACCCCCACCACUAAACCCUAAUUGCUCACUUAAGCCCCAGAAACCAGGAGCCUCAAGCCUUGAACUUCCUAUCUUCUCCCCGACGUCCUGCGAAUCAGGCCGCCGUAUUAGGCUGAUAUAUCAGCCGUUCCACUGAGAAAUCGCCGACUCCUGAUCCAUUCCUGUGUCACGUGAUAACCUCGACUUUCUGACGCCGUUGUCCGUUCCUGUUUCCGACCCUGCCGUUCCGGACAAUAUAGCAGAGUUGCUGUCAAUUUCUGAUCCGUAUGUGAGUGGUACUGUUGUUAGAAACCAAAAGAAAAGGUCUUGUUACAACAUCUGCGACUUACUGAGUGGAAGUUUUGCCCGAGGUUCUGCCGCAAUGAUGGCAGAUAAGAAACGAAAAUCCAAGGAUGGAAUGGCUCAAAGUGGUAAGAAAGAUAGGGAAUUUAGAAACAAUAAGAGAAAAAAUUUGAGCUACAAUAAAAAGAAUAAAAAGGAGGAUGCUAGUGAGAAGAGGCGUCGGCAUGGGCCUCGUCUGCCGAAUGCUUUGAGAAAGGAGCUUGAUGUCUUCAACCGUACCGUGGAGGGAGAGCCUUCAGAUGUUGAUGAAAGGAUUGAUUCUGAUGAUGCAGUUGGCAAUGACGUGUAUGAAUAUGAAGAAGGUAUUGCCGAGGAGGAAUCCAAGAAGAAUAGGCGGUUUGAUACUGUUGAAAACUAUCAGUAUGAGCUUCCUGAAGAUUUUCAGGAUUCCGAUGUUGCAUCUGAUGAAGGUGAGGAUGAGGAUAACAUCGGAUAUGACAAUGAGAACGGAAAUGAGGGACGGCAUACAAGGAUGUUGGAAGAGAUUACUGGACUUCCAAGUGAUGUUUUCGGAGGUAGAAAAAAGAAAGAUAUCAUCAUCACUGAGGCAUAUCCAGAAUCUGAAUAUAAUCCUAGUAGUGAUAUUCUUGAUGGUGAUGGCCGGAUUAGCAUUCAGGACCUUCUGGACCCACUGCAUGGAAAGUCAGGCUUCAGCAAACUGCGGAAGAACUUGCAACGGAUGAAUAAAAAGUCUGUUCCAACUCUUGCACCACUUCCCAAGCCAGAACAAGAGAGAUUGGAGCGGAAGGCUGCUUAUGAACACUCUAAGAAGGACAUUACCAAGUGGGAACCUUUGGUCAAGAGGAACAGAGAGGCACCCACUUUGUAUUUUGAUGAAGAUGUGGAUUUGGGAUUUUCAACUAUUGGAGCAAUUGCUUCUGAAUUUGAACCAAGAACUGACUUUGAGAAGAAAAUUGCAUCCUUGGUCAACCAAAACGAAGUUGUUGAAGCUCACAAAAAAGAUGGUGCCAGGCUUCUUGAACUGAACAAGAUAUCCGUUGAAGAAGUGAUGGACAGACAGCAACGGCUUGCAAAGAUGCGUAGUCUCCUUUUUCGCCAUGAAAUGAAGGCAAAACGAGUUAAAAAGAUAAAGUCUAAAACCUAUCACCGGUUGCUGAAAAAGGAGAGGAGAAAGACCGCUGAAGCUGCUCUUCAAAUGGAUCCAGAAGCUGCUAAGGAACAUGCAAUGAAGCAAGAGUUUAAAAGGGCUGAGGAACGUAUGACUUUAAAACACAAAAACAGUUCCAGGUGGGCAAAGAGAAUCUUACAGCGUGGUCUCCAAGUUCAAGAUGAAGCAACUCGAGAAGCUUUUGGUGAACAGCUUAGUCGACAUGCUGCUUUGACUCGAAAAAUAAAUUCUGUGAAAGAAAGCAGUAGUAGUGAUGAUAGCAGCGAUGACUAUGACAGUGAUGACAUGUUGGCAAGUCCAGACGGGGAUGCUAAAUCGAAGCUGUUAAUGAAGGCCAAAGAGAAGACACUUAAAGUAUUAGAAGGGGAUGAGGAAUUGCCUAAAUCAGGAGUGCUUUCUUUGCCCUUCAUGGUACGUGGGUUAAAAAAGAGGAAGGAAGCUGCUGAUGAAGAAGCAAAGCUUGCUCUUGAAGAGUAUGAAUCAUCAUUGAAGCAGUUGGAAGAUCCAAGUGCUUCAGGAAGUUGUGAAAGGGGUGCCUCAAGUGGUAUGAGGGUUUUUGGUGUUCCUAAAAGGGUGGUAAAUGAAACAAGUAAGAAGGUCAAAUCAGAUAACUACUAUGCCAACAGUGAUAGUGAAGAUGAUGUUGAGGCCCAAGAAGACAUCGUUAUUGAGAAUAAUCAAAAUGAUAAAUCUCUAAGAGAGGCAGAUAUUGAUCCUAGUUUACUUCGGGAAGAGUUUGAGAUCAGUCAUGAUUCCUUAUUCAAGAGCUUUCAAGACGCUGAAGACCCUGAGACGAAAACAACUUAUGACGUUGCAUUUUUGGCUUCUGAUUCAUGGAAGAAGAUGAGAGGAUCAUCAGAUGCUAGUAAACAGACUGAAGCCAGCAACCAUGUUCGCAAGUCUGAAAUAACUGUAGGACCAAUGAAACAUGAUCAGAGUUUUGAGGAAAAUGAUGAUGAUUGUGAUACAGAUAGUGGUGGAGAAAUGGUAGAUGGAAUUUUAUCUUCUGGUCCUAAGUCAACUUAUGAACUUCCAUCUCAAGCAGAACUUAUACUACGUGCUUUCGCUGGUGAUGAUGUUCAAGAAGAUUUUGAUAAAGAUAAAGAGGCAGUCUUAGAUGAGGAAAAUCCAGAACCUGAAAAGCCUGUUCUACUUCCUGGCUGGGGCCAAUGGACUGACAUUCAGAAAAAGAAAGGUUUACCUUCUUGGAUGCUGGAAGAGCAUGAGAUGGCAAAAAAGAAAAGGAAUGAAUCUCUGAAGAAGAGGAAGGACGCACAUCUGAGUAAUGUCAUCAUCUCAGAAAAGUUGGAUAGAAAGGCUGAAAAACUACAUACAAAGACACUGCCUUAUCCUUACACAUCCAAGGAAGUUUUUGAACAAAGUAUUCGGAUGCCAAUUGGACCAGAGUUCAAUCCUGCUACUGCUAUUGGAGCGCUUAACCGGCCAGAGGUUGUCAAGAAAGCUGGUGUUAUCAUCAAACCGAUCCAAUAUGAGGAUAUGAAUGUCCGUGAGAGAGCUGAAACCCAUAAACACAAUGGUCAGAGACAAAGGAAGGCUAAAGAUAAAAAUCAAUCCAUGAGGAAGAAGGCAGCUAAGGUGUAAAAGCAGAAUGUCGCAUAAUACAGUUAGAACCAUCGUCUGUUUUUAAUUAUUUUUACUUGUUCUACAGGUGUGGGACAUGUAAUUUUUGUUUUUCAACAAAUUUUUGAUGAUUUAUUAGUAUAUGAGAAGAAUGUAUCCAGUGAUGCCCUAAUAAAGUAUCUCAGGUUCAAACAACGAUACUCAAGUACAAACAAAAAUAGGUGCUUUGCAAUUUGAGAUCCGUGAUCCUAACA